GGCUUCGCUGAUUCCUCCCCAGAGAAAAAAAGGGGGGAUGGAAAAAAAUAAAGUAAAAACUUUAUUUCCCAAGAAAGGCAGUUUUAUAAUUACAUGGAGGAAAAAGGAAAAAAACUGACGUAACAUUCCAAACACACAGGAAAAGGAAACUAACAGCAAAAUUCUACUUUCCACAAGAACUGAUGAUCCCCUGCCACCAGGAGCUGUUCCCAGCAGCUAUCCUGGAAGAGGAGAGCCAGCAGCUUCCUCCUCGCUUUUUUAUAUCUGAGUUGGGAUCAGGGGACCCCUCCAAGGUGCCAGGUGACGGCCAAGCAGCUCCUGCUCCAGUCCAGAGUCCAGGAAAGAACCCGGGUCUCCAGGUUGUGCUCCAGGGAGGAGGAUGCUCUGUGGUUCCCCCAUCCACUGCUCUCUGCCGGUUUUUGUCAUUUCCACUUUAGUUUUCCAAGUUCCUCAGGGGCACUCAGCUCCACUCACCGUCACUGCACCCCCCGGCCCCAUCACCGUGGCCAAGGGCGAGGACGUGGUGCUGCCCUGCAGCUUCUCCCCGGGGCAGAAUGCACAGGACACGGAGGUGACCUGGUUUCGGGAGCAGUUCUUGCCCUUUGUGCAUCGCUACAAGUUGGGCCAGGACCAGUUUGGGGAGCAGAUGGUUCAGUACCAAGGGCGCACUGAGCUGGGGAAGGACGGCCUUGCCAAGGGCAGCGCGGACUUGAGGAUCUUCCACGUCCAACUCUCUGACACAGGGAAUUACACCUGCUUUGUUCAACGUGGCUCAGAUUACAACGACGCUCUGGUGGAGCUCAAGGUGACAGCCAGCGGCUCUGCCCCGCUCAUCGCGCUGGAGCGCUACGAGCACGGGGGGAUCCGGGUGGCCUGUCGCUCUGCCGGCCGGUACCCACGGCCCCGGGUGCUGUGGCACGAUCCCCACGGGCGCCGUCUCCCGUCCCUCUCGGAAAACGCUACCCAGGACAAGAACGGGCUCUUUGCAGCUGAGAGCAGCAUCAUCCUCACCAGGGCUGGGAACCAGGAACUCUCCUGCUCGGUGCAGCACCUCCCGCACACACCAGAGCAGGGACCGGCCCUUUACGUCUCAGAUCCCUUUUUCCAAUGUGCCCAUCCUUGGAAGAUUGCCCUGGGCCUGGUCCUGGUUGCUGUGGCUGCUCUCCUUAUUAUCACUGUUUAUCUAUUUAAAACUAAAGGGAAACAAGCCCAGGAACUUGCCUGGAGAAGACACGCAGUGCCUAUAGAAGCAGGGAACGUGGUUCUGGAUCCAGACACAGCCCACUGUGAGCUUGUCCUGUCUGACAAUGGCAAAAGGGUGACACGACUUGACACACGACAGGACAUCCCCGACAGCCCCGAGAGAUUUAACCCGUGGCGCUGCGUUCUGGGCUGUGAGGGCUUCACCUCGGGGAGACACUACUGGGAGGUGGAGGUGGAGGAUGCAGGAGGAUGGGCUGUGGGGGUGUCUAGAGAAGAUGUGAGAAGGAAGGGUGAUAUUGAGUUUAAACCAGAGGAAGGCAUCUGGGCAGUGGGGAACUGGGCAGGGCACUUCCAAGCUCUCACCUCCCCUGAUCGCAUUCCCCUUCCCAAAAUCAAGGUUCCCAAGCAGAUCCGGGUCUCUCUGGAUUAUGAAAUGGGACGGGUGUCAUUUUUCAGUGUUGAUGAGGAGAUUCCCAUCUUCGCAUUUCCACUGGCAUCAUUUGAGGGGAUAAAAGUCCACCCUUGGGUCUGGCUGGGUCCUGGGACAUGUCUGAAAAUAUAUCCCUGAUGAAUAGGAAGGAGGAAGACAAGGCUUUUUUAAGGGACCUGGGAAGUUCAGACUCACAGUAAGACUGAGGUUGGAAGGAACUUGUGGAGGUUUCUGUGGCAACCACCUGCUCAGAGCAGGGUUAACCUCAGGGCUGCCUUCAGUGUCUUUGGACCUUGUUCAGCUGAGUGUUGCAGGGUCUCCAAGGGCAAAGGUCUCAUUACCUCUCUGGUCCAAUGCUGCAUCUCUCUCAAGGGUAAAACCCAACCCUUUCUGUGUGAUCAGAAUUUCUCCAGUCUCGACCCAUGGUUGUUGUGUCUCAUCCUCUCUCUCUCCCUCUUGAACACCAAUUACACCGAAAAGGGAUCACUUUGUAAAUGUACACAAUAAAGUUCCUUUGGUGGCA